CCACACCCACACCCACACCCACAUCCCCUUGUCCGCACAUCCAGCAUGCCCCCCGAUGACGCCUCAAUGUCACGGCGAACGCUCGAGUGUGACCGCCCCACCCUGGACCGCUUUUUCGAGGCCCUCCACCAGGCGGCCCUGGGGCAUUUGGAUGACUUUCUGAAGGCCUCGGCGGAUCCGGCACGCCCCGGGGGCGCUGGUGCCCCUGCCACGGGCACCGGGCUCCCGCCGGGAGCCGGGCGUCGCGGCGCAGCCACCACCGCCUCAGCCGCCCGGCGCCAGCGCCUCCUGGAAUCGGCCACCAGCCGGCACUUGGCACGCGCCGUCCGUGCCGGGACCCUGCCGAUGCUCCGGCUGGAGGGAUCGGCCACGGAUCCGGACGGCUCGGCCGUGGCCGGGGCCUACCAAUUGCCGGAGUGCUUUGCUCCGGUGGUCGGGCCGCGUGCGACGGGCGCCGCCCUGGCCGAGGGCGAGGCCGCGGCCACCGCCGGUGCCCUUGCUGCCGGUGCGACGAAUGUGUCGACCGGAGCGGCGGCCGCCGACGCGCCGGGCUCCGGUCCCGCGGCCUUGCUGCCGGAGGAGCCGUUCGACACGUCGGCUCUGGCCCGGCUGACCAUGGCCCAGAACACCUGGCGCGCGCUGGUGGCUGAUAUUGCCCCGCGGCGGUCGGCGCGCCUGAGCGACAUCGACUCGCGCUUGAAGCUGGCUUUGGGUCGAGCGCGGAACUUCGGCCUGCCAUUGCCGCUGGCCGCGGCCUCGGGGCCUGGUGGGGCGAGUCCACUGCUGCUGGGGCAGUGGCUGGCCGCCAGUCACAGCCGACUGGGCCACGCCGAGAGGCGCCUGGCCAGGGCGCGGGCUCGCGUAUGUGCGGCCAAGCGUGCGGCGUUCAUCCGCCGCCUGGGUGCCGAGCGUGCUGCCUUUUCGACGCUGAACGAGGGUGAGCUCCUGAAAUUGGCCGAGUCCUCGGCGACCACACUGCAUGAACUCAAAACGUCCCUGCCGGAAAUCAAUCAACAUCUACAGGACACCAUCCAGGUGCUGAGCAGCGGCAGCAGCAACAGCAGCAGCAGCAGCAGCAGCAGCCGGGGCGAUCGGCCUGCGGCGCCGACUGGCGCGGCGUCCCAUGAUCACGGGGGGAUAUUGUAA